AUGACGUCGCUCCCGCCCCCGCGCGUCGUCCGCGUCCCCGCGGCGGCCAAGGCUGCGGAGGAGGCGUACCACUCGCGGUACGUCGACGAGACUAAGACGAACGACGAGAAGGUCGUCGGGGACUACACGCGAGGCGCGAGAUUCCAAUUCGCGGAGCGCGACGAGAACGAGGACGCGACGCCGACGUUCGACGACGCGCCGCCGAAGAUCAUCGCGAGCGACACGACGUGGCGGAAGCUCGACGAACGCCAGUACAAGUCGAUGAUGCGGAAGUACGCCCCCGCGCCGGGCGGGGGACGGAAACCCGCCGCGCACGCGGCGUUAAACCCGACGAGGCUCGGACACGACGAGCAUCUCCCUCCCGCGGUGCCGGAUCGCGUCGAUCGAUGCUUCAAGCGCCCGGCGUGGACGCCGGCGUCGCGGUACGACCUCGACCCGGGCGGCACGACGUUCGGGAAGCGCACCGAGGCGCAAAAGUACAAAGACGCGCGGCUCGCGAAGAGCGCGUACGUCCCCGCGACGGUCACCCCGGCGUCGAACCCGUGCCUCAUCACGUGGGGUAAAGGCCAAAUUUGGGGUAAAUCGCCGAAAGUUUUAGCCGCGGAGGCGGCGGUGAAGGCGGAGAAGGAGCGGCGGCGGAAGUUGCGGCGGCAAAAGAUGCUGGACGACAUGAAGCCCAAGUGGAUCCCCGUGCACGGCGCCGCGCGCGGGUUGAUCGACCGCACGCCGCUGGAGCAGCUCAGGGACGGGCCGGGCGGGGAUCAGAAGUGGUUGAUGCGCUCGGGGAAGUCGCCGUACGCGGACGAGACGAUCGACCAGCCGAAGAUGAGGUUUUGA